AUGACAAAAGGCGACGAAAGAAAACUCAAUACUUUUCAAACAAAGUGUUUAAGGAGGAUAAUGAAGAUAAAAUGGCAAGACCAAGUUAGGAAUGAAGAACUGUUAACCAGGACUGGGAUGGAGAAAUUGAGCACUACAGUAAUGAAGAGGAGAUGGAAAUUUAUUGGGCACACCUUAAGGGAGGAACCCACAAGCAUCUGUAACACAGCAUUGACAUGGGCACCAGAAGGGAAAAGGAAACGGGGUAGACCCAAAACAACUUCGACGCACUGUAGAGAAGGAAAGAAACAAGGCUGGAUGGAAGUCAUGGGCGGAAGCCAGAGUUGCAGCAGCUGA